AGCGCCGACCGGGUCACGCGCUACGGGCUGAUGGUGAAGCCCAUCCAGAGGUUCCCUCAGUUCAUCCUGCUCCUGCAGGACAUGCUGAAAAACACCCCCAAGGGCCACGCAGACCGCCUGUCCCUCCAGCUGGCCCUCACCGAGCUGGAGACCUUGGCAGAGAAGCUCAACGAGCAGAAGCGCUUGCUCAUCAAGUCGAAGGAGCGGAAGGUUUUCCUGCUCAACGACAUGCUGGUCUGCGCCAACAUCAACUUCAAAGGCCAGCUGGAAAUUAGCAGCCUGGUGCCCCUGGGUCCCAAAUAUGUGGUGAAGUGGAGCACGGCCCUCCCGCAGGUGCAGGUGGUGGAGGUGGGACAGGAGAGCGGUGCCUACGACAAGGACAACGUCGUCAUCCACAACGCCGGUGCCAAGAAACACGCGCCGGCCGGGCAGGCUUCGCACAAUAAAGUCUACCUGGGGCCACCACGGCUCUUCCAGGAGCUGCAGGACCUGCAGAAGGACCUGGCGGUGGUGGAGCAGAUCACCCUUCUCAUCAGCACCUUGCAUGGCACCUACCAGAACCUGAACAUGACGGUGGCCCAGGACUGGUGUUUGGCCCUGCAGAGGAUGAUGAAGGUGAAGGAGGAGGAGAUCCACUCCGCCAACAAGUGCCGCCUCCGUCUCCUGCUCCCCGGGAAGCCGGACAAAUCUGGCCGCCCCAUCAGCGUCAUGGUGGUCUUCAUCACUCCAAACCCCCUGAGCAAGAUCUCCUGGGUGAACCGCCUGCACUUAGCCAAGAUAGGACUGCUUUAUGUGCUCGGCGCCGCGGUGCACAACCCCGUGCAGUCCUCGCUGCUGGGCUUCUCUGCCGUCAGCCACUCGCUGCCGCCACUGGAGGGGGACCUGGCGGGCACGCAGGAGCCCCGACCGACCACCGAACAGCCCCCCACGUCCCCCCAUCCCACCGUGUGCUUGGGGUUACGGGAUGGGAGCAUCGCCGUCUACGGCAGCGUGGACACGGGGACGCAGUGCUUGUUGACCUGCAAAAGCCCGGGGAUGCAACCGGUCCUCUGCUUGAGGCACAGCCCUGAGUACCUCUUUGCGGGGCUGCAGGAUGGGACCGUGGCCGCCUACCCCAGGAGCAAUG